CGCGUAGUGGUAUAACAAUUAAAUACGGUAAAGCAUUUCUGUAAAAGUUUUAAUUACUUUAGAAGGAAAACCGUGUUCGAUAUGGCGAUGCAAUAAAAAAAUAAAAAACGUUAUUUUCUUCUACAAAAUGUUUGAGAACGAGCACGACCACUGAUGAUGUCUUUUGAAAAUAUUAUUCGAAGCAUUGCCAUAUUAUUUCCAUAACUUUGGCAAGUGAGAAGAUGAUUCAACCCAAUGUACGCUUUAGUAAAAGACAUUUCGUUACAUGAAUGGCAAGUGUGUGUGUCUACAAAAGUAAUAAAUUGAGUUAUAAGACAAAAAUUUUAUUUGACAUCCUGUGCCUUUGACGUCCAAAAUUUGUCAACAUAAACGAGUAGGAGAUCACCACAUCUCAGUCUGUAUUUAAGCUGCUGCCGAAAGUAUUCCAAUAACGCCUGUUAGUAGAAGGUGGGGCUUUUUGUUCGAACAUCUCAUUCCAGAAAGAUAGAAUAGGUAGUCUAUAUUGAUGAUAUUGGCUUCCAGUAUCUAUCAACUCUUCUAAAUAAACAGCGGAUGAGUAUGGCAAUCAAUCAAAUCUUUUACUACCACUAUCCUUUUAUAUCUUUUGGCAUAUAUAUAUAUUGCAACAACAACAAUAGAACUUUUAACUGUUUGAUUCAAUCUUUAUACAACCCAUUCUUCUUUUUGUUGAUGACCUUUAAUCAAACGUUUAUAUAAAGCACUAUUUUGUUUAUGGUUUGAUAUCAACUAGGAUAAAUGUAUUUAUAACAAAAGCUGUAAUUCAAAACUCUCCCUCUUUCUUUUACCUCCCCCCUCUCCCCAAGAAAAAAAAAAGAAAAAGAAACGGACUAGGAUCUUAAUAGGAUGAAGCAGGAGAAAUACAAAGCCAAAUUACAAUAAAUAAUAAUUAGUCAAAACACAACUAAUAAAGGAAAAAAAAAAAGGCGGGAGAGAAAGAAUUACUAAAAUUAGACAAGAUCAAAUUUAUAUACUUCUUGAGGAAGCGGUAGUAGUAGUAGUAGUAGAAACAUAGCAGUAAAAUUAAAACAAGAGAAAGAAGUCUUUGAUGACAGAGGAGGAAUAUUACUUUUAAAGAAUUUAUCCUUAUUAAUCCCCCAAAAAAAAUAAAAAGAUAUUACAGGCUGGCAAUGACAUUAUUGUCUGGAAUGAAAGUUCAUGAUAACAAAUCAAGUAAUUUAUCAUUUAAAAAGGGAGAGAGGUAGUUUACUUAUACAACAACAACAACAGAAAAGGAAAUUUCAAAUAAAG